AUGCAUCUAUACAGUGUCCAGCACUGGGGCCUCGCAAUAGCGACUUUUGGGAGCUUUAUUGCGCCAAUAACGGCUUUCCCUGUUGAUGGCGAUGAAGGUCCUCUUUCCUCACCCAACGCACCGGUUCUUGCCGCGAGAGCCCUAGCUAAAUUGGAUAAAACCAACCCCGAUGCCAUUAGGACUCACAUUACAAAGAUUGAAAGACAUCAAAGGUCGACCGACUUUUGUCCAAGCUCCUGGAGGGAUACUGCUUUUUAUUCUGCGUUCCCAUCAGAGAGAAAGCCAAAACCAAAAGCAGCUGCGUCGUUUGCCUUUUCUUUCUGUGAAGGUUUCGGCUUGACUGGAUGUCAAGUACUAUUCGCAUUUAACCAACACGGCAUUUAUGUUGCUCAUUACUGGGAACUACAGGAUGAAGAAGAAACUGUCAACAAGCGAACAAAAGAUAUUAUCCAGUUUAUCAAGCAGGGUGACCCAGAAGAGAAAGAGGAGCAGGUUGAUCCUGAGGAUAUCUCCGAUGAGCCAGAUAUGAAAAAAUGCGGCCCAUUUCCUGCUCUUGUUUCAGACGAACAGUUAGCGGAAACAAAUUUGGAUGAGAACGCUCACCUUUAUCUUAUCACUAUUGAGAAGCAAAGACCAGCGAAGGAGUUGAAGAACUUAGAUCGAGUCAAACAAAUCAUUGUAGCCACACUUGGUGCACAGAAAGAGUACAAGAAGAAAGCUGAUGAUACAGAACCCGCAGGAGCUGUGGCGGAUAAUGCUGGACCCUUGAAAAAUGCGCACAUGAAGUUACACUCAUACCUCCCCGCAUAUGACAAGGAAUCAAAGGAAUGGGAAGGAACUAACGUCGCCGUUGAGUACGACGCCCCGACCGGAAUGAUACGGGGCCUGAUCGGAGGGCCUCACCCAGAAGUACUCUUUGAGUACUCGGUCGAAGACUCAUGGGAUGAAGCCACAAUGGGUCCUUCUUACGCCUUGUCUCUCACCAAAGAAUCAGAAGCCUCUUGUGCUGCUGGUGAAGGUGGCGAUGAUGAGGAUGGUGCAGAACUAUCUAAAGCUGAAGGUAAAAAGCCAUCUAAAAAGGACCAUAGCAACGAGAAAAGAGAUAAUACGUUUCUGAGUUUGUGGGCUCGUGCGGGUCUUUCGAGAAGAGCAGAGCCCAAGGAGAAGGACGCUACUGACCCUACGGACACUAAGGGCAAGAAGGGCAAGAAGGGCACCGGAGACACCACAGACGCCACAGGUACUAAAGAUACUGACGAGACCAAGCCCAAGAAGAAGAAGAAGAAGGGCAACUGUGGAGGGGGCAAGACUAAGGCCGACAAGAAGCCUAAAGCGAAGGGGGACGAGACGACCGAAACGGAGCCCAAGCCAAAGGAGGGCGAGGUGCCUAAAGACAAGACUGGCGAGACGCCCAAAGACAAGACUGGCGAAACGCCCAAGGACAAGACUGGCGAAACGCCCAAGGACAAGACCGGCACGACACCUGAGGACAAGACUGUAAAGAAAGACAAGAAGAAAAAGAAGGGUAAGAAUAGCAAGUAG